UUGCUUUGUCUUUUGCCUGAACAAUCAGAGACAGACAUCCAUUCAUCCAUCCCAAAAAGUAAAACAAAACAAAACAAACAGAGAGAUCAUCGAUAAGCGACAAAAACACACACACUCUCCCGUUCGUGCGCGGUUGUAUUUUGAAUCCAUUCGAACGAACAUCUUUCUUUGGAUCCAUCCCCCGUGUAUAGUUACUGAUCUCUACGUACUUUUUUUACCCUAAUUAAUAAUUGGAUCCGGCGGCGGCAGCGGCAUUGUGUUGUUGUUGUUGUUGUUGUGGUGAUUUAGAUUGAAUUGGAUGGCGAGAAUGCGAGGAGGAGGAGGAGGAGGAGGAGGUGAAGAGAGUGGAGGAGGAGGAGAACAGAGAGAGAGAGAUCCGAAGCACUCUGGUUUGGUAAGAUUGGUACAAAUAGUAACGAUGUUGGUUGUUUUUGCUGGCGGUGUCGUCAUCGGUUUAACAACCACUUCUCACAUUCACUACUUCAAUACUAAUUAUAAUAAUAACAAUAACUACCUUCAUUUCAUUUCCCAACAACCUUCUUCCACUGCUGGUGUCUUCAAUCACAUUGAUGAUGAUAUUAUUGAUACCCUCCAACAACAACAACCCAACAACUGUAACUGUAAUUGUACAACUAAUAAUAAUAAUGAACCACCUCCAACUCCUUCACCUCUUCCGGUGGUGGUGGUGGAGGAGUAUGAAGAGGAUAUGUUGGAGUCUUUUGUUCAUCCAUCCAACAUCACCCACACCUUAUCUGACGACCAACUUUUCUGGAGGGCUUCCUUGGUUCCCACGAAACAUAACUACCCAUACGCUCGUGUACCCAAACUUGCUUUCAUGUUCCUUACUAGGGGACCUUUGCCCUUGUUGCCUCUCUGGGAGAGAUUCUUUCAAGGCCACUCCCAUCUCUUCAACAUUUAUAUCCACGCUCCUCCUGGUUACCUUCUCAACGUCUCUCAUUCUUCCCCAUUUUAUCGACGCAACAUUCCAAGUCAGGUUGUUUCCUGGGGAACAGUUACACUGGCCGAUGCUGAGAGGCGGCUUCUAGCAAAUGCACUGCUGGACUUUUCAAAUGAGCGAUUUGUUCUCCUCUCAGAGAGUUGCAUCCCUGUCUACAACUUCCCUACUGUUUACAGAUAUCUCAUUGAUUCUGCACACAGCUUUGUUGAGUCAUAUGAUGAUCCUUCCCGUUACGGUCGAGGCCGCUACAGCCGCAAUAUGCUACCUGAUAUUCAGCUUAAACACUGGCGCAAAGGCUCUCAAUGGUUUGAACUCAACCGUGCUCUAGCUGUUUAUAUAGUCUCUGACACCCAAUACUUUUCCCUCUUCCGUAAAUACUGUAAGCCUGCUUGCUACCCAGACGAACACUACAUUCCAACCUUCCUUAAUAUGUUCCAUGGUUCUCUUAAUUCAAACAGAACAGUCACAUGGGUCGACUGGUCAAUGCUUGGUCCUCAUCCGGCAACCUACGGGAGGGAUAAUAUAACCGUCAGUUUUAUACAGGCUAUAAGGAACAAUGGAUCCCUUUGUCGAUAUAACUCAGAUAUGACUUCCAUUUGUUACCUCUUUGCUCGCAAGUUUGAUCCCAGUGCAUUGGAGCCGUUGCUUAACCUCUCUUCAGAAGUCAUGAACUUUUAAUUUUCUCUAUUCAUUUAUAACUCGUUCUUUUAGUUGUAGUCCCUAGAUUGCGGUAGUGGAUUAUUUCACAACUUCAGUAACAAUUCAUUUUGCAUUGGUAGAGAUAUCUGUACAGGUAUUGUUAGAGAAUUUGGGUUCUCUGCUAGAGAUUAUCAUAUUGUUGCAGAAAUUAACUGCAUUUUAUUCCUUCCAAGAAGGAAUCUAUCAAUACAGAAAUUUUAUAUUUUCACCAA